UGAUGACACAAUAGAGGCACACGUAGACGCACCCGCACAUUUAUAAGCCUCCAGCAGCAUCUCACAUCAGUCGGUCUCCUUCUAUCCCAACAUGGAGGAAGUCUACAUUCGACACGUGAAGCUACUUGGCUUUGAAAAACGCUUUUACCCCAGUCAGCACUAUGUGUACAUGCUGAUGGUGAAGUGGAGCGACCUCGUCGAGAAAUUGAUCUUCAGGACAUAUCCUGAAAUCUACACUUUCCACAAAUCCCUGAAAGAGAUGUUUCCGAUUGAAGCCGGAGAAAUCGAAACAAAGGACCGAAUCAUUCCAUCGCUGCCAGCACCGCGUUGGGUGGAGAGCCAAAGGUCUCGGGAAAGCAAGCAGAGCACACUGACCGAGUAUUGUCUGUCGCUCAUCGCGCUCCCGCCGCACAUCUCACGCUGCUCGCAUCUCAACGCCUUCUUCAAAGUGCGACCGGAGGACGAAAACCCGCCGGCUCCAAACACAGGGAAAAAAAGUGAAAUCUUCUUGGAGACCAAAGUCAACAACAACAUAUCCGAGAUUUCCGGGCCCAUCAUACUGGACACAUACAGAGUAAUCGCAGACUUCACCAAGACGUCCAAACACGAGCUCAACCUGCGCACUGGGGACUUGGUGGAAAUUGUGGAGAAGAACCAGAAUGGCUGGUGGUUCUGCCAAUGUGAAACAAAACGAGGAUGGGUUCCUGCCACCUACCUGGAACCCCUGGACGGACCGGAGGAGACAGAGGACGUGGAGCCAAAUUACGAAGGAGAAUUGCACGUAACGGUCCGAGCCUACAAGGCGGAGACGGACGAUGAGAUCUCGCUGGAGAUGGGAGAAACCAUCGAGGUCAUUCACAAGCUCUUGGACGGCUGGUGGGUUGUCAGAAAAGGCGAGCAGACGGGUCACUUCCCCUCCAUGUUCCUGCAGAAAGCAGGAAAAGGGGCCAAAUAUGAAUACAAUAUCAAGCAACCAGAGGGACAGAAGCCUCCGCCUCGCAGGUCUACCAUUAAGAACGCCAAGAGCAUCCACGAACAAGGCCGGCAGCGCCUAAGCCAGGAGGCCUACCGGAGGAACAGUCGCCGAUACCUCCAGCAAAAAGGCGGCCUGCCCACCGCCCUGCCCAGGAAAUCCAAGAUGCCGGAGAAGUCACCUCUGAGGGAGAGAAAGAACCAAGGCAACAUUCCCGUGCAGCGCUUCAGUUCGGCGAAUGAGCUGAAGCCAGAGGCCCCAGUGAUCCCGCCCCGACCGAGUCCCGAGCUCAUCCUGGAACGCUGCACCGACAAGACCUGCAAGAAAGUCAGCAUCCGCAAUUCCGGAAGCAGAAGCAACAGCACCUAGUAUGAAACCUCAGAUGGUGUCCCUCAAGGUUCCCCCUUGAAUCCCCUCCCGUUCCUUUAUUUAAUGGUCCCUUUGCUGUGUUUUUAAAUAAUUCUUGAUUGUUAAGUUAUUAACUAUUCAUGACAUCCAUGCAUAGUGACAGCACGAACAACUAAAUGCUCUUUCACUAGAUGGUAGCAGGUGGAAUCGACACGUUUGGUCGUGUGCCAUGACUUUUUUUUCUCAUAUAAAUACAUGCCUUAGCUCAAUAAAGGUUGGGAAACCCUGUUCUGGAUGACCUCGUGACAGCAUUGUGAAAAGCCUCGACAUUUGUGCUUUAGUCUGAGCUCCACCUUGCUCACAGUUGCAAAAUAAAAUCCAUAAAGUUGCCAUUGAUCCUUUAA